AAAAAUUUCAUAUUGAUUUAUUAAUAACAUUUGAUCGUGGUGGUAUAUCUGGUCAUAUUAAUCAUAAAUCUGUUGCUCUUGGAAUUGAAUAUUAUAUUGAAAAAAAUUUAAAAACACCAUUAAUCUAUAGAAUUUCAACUGUUACAUCAUUAUUUGAAUUUUCUUCAAUAUUAGAUAUAUUUCGAACAUUAAUUAAAUUUAUUCCUCGUUUAUUACGAAGUUUAUUUUCAACAAUAUUACCAUUUUUAUUUUCAUCACCAAAUGAUCAACGUAUUUUAUUUGUUAGUUCACCCUUCGGAUAUUUUCAAGGUUUAAAAGCAUUUCAUGCUCAUCGUUCACAAGUACUUUGGUAUAGACAUCUAUAUACAACAUUUAGUCGACAUAUGUUUAUUAAUGAUUUGACUAAAGUCUCAAUCAAUUAA